CUCCCAUCCAUCCCCUCAAUCGCCAGCAACCAUUAUUAUCCAAUACCUUCCCCUAAAGCCAAGCUCAUACUGCGCGACUUAUCUAUCAAGUGGGUGGCUCACGCUUAUCGUUGAUAGGCUUUCCCCGCAGCCAAGCUUAAGUCAAUUAGGAUCUUUUGUUGGCGUGUAAUCCCUGUCAUAAACGCAUCAUCACCUUCCCAAUUCGAGAAUCUCCGAAGAUAGUCGAAUGCUUAAAGGUUAUUUAACUGGCCGAUAUACCACGUCUUACUUCUGCAUGUUUCUGAGGGAACUUAUCGAUACUGAUGCUUUUAUCAACAUAUCACGUCGUGCCAAUCACUCUCGCUGCUUGUGCUGCGCUUUUGAACGUCCCAGCAGUUUUAGCAGCCAUGGCGGACCGAAAGGCCAUCGUUUACGACUUCGAGAAGUUGGAGGACUAUCAGCAGAGGAAUGAAACCGUGCUUGAUAUCGUCAAAAAGGACACUGGUGUCGACUUUUGGAGGCAGACACGAACGAUUCCUCCCACUUCCUAUCCUCCACCGAUGACUUUGGAGGCUAUUGAGAAGCUGAAGGAAGUCAAGGGAGUUAUUGUAAAGGAUGUUCCUACUGAGGAACUUUAGUUUAUGGACUCUUCAGUUGUUUCACAAAGGAGUAUUUUUUCGGCAGACUGAUGACUGUAGUUAUACUUAUCUAUAAAUUGUAUCCUGUUGGUUUCCGGCUCGUAUAUGUCUAUUGAGGGGUCGACCUGAACACAUCACUGUAUGCACAAUUUGUUUUCCCUUUUCUUUUAUCAUGUCAAUGUUGAUUAUCUCACAUCAUUCUUCAAAUAUUCAACGCUGAUGCCGUCCUAGUUUAACAACCCUUCAUAUGCAGA